UUCUAAGUAACUAAUGGUCAGAGAUAAACGUCCCGUCCUCGAUAAUACCGCGCCGUCUCUUUAUUUACACAUGAAAAUGAUAUAACCAGCAGCAUGAAGAGCUGAUCGUGUGUAGUUUAGAGGACUGUAACUCGGGGUUGGAGGAGAGCUGGGAUGGCCUCUAAACUGUUCGACAGACUUCGCCGUACGCUGUUUAAAGAAGGGGAGCUUCCUCUGGAGACGGACGGACACGGAGCAGAUGACUUCCCGGAGAGCUCUGAGCUGGAGGACGAUACAGACUGUGUGUCAGCACGACUCCGAGGAACCCUGUGCUUCGAGGGUGAAGGGGUCCUGGACUCUGAGGAUGCAGGAGACGCGUCGGGGCCAGACAGCGACUCUGACUUCUUUGGAGAGUCCAUAGAUAAUGCAUUUAGCAGCACAGAUACCAGCCCAAUAGGUCCUUCCCCAAAAACCUCAAACAUGAUCACCAGACAACUACAAGAAAACUGGCGGAGCUCAAGAACUCGUUGCAUUCCUGAAAAACUUAUCUUUGAGGUGACUGACGCCAGUGUUGUGCAUGAGACAAAUUCCAAGUAUGUGCUCUACACGAUUCACAUCAUCCAUUCUGGGACGUUUGACAAGACUCCCGCGGUCAUCACGCGGCGCUACACUGACUUCGAGCGUCUACACAGCCGCUUGCGCCGCCGUCACGGAGACGAGAUGGAUGGCGUGUUCUUCCCUCGCAAGAAGCUGCGCAAGAACUUCGCCGCCGAGACCAUUGCCAAGCGCAGCCGGGCGUUCGAGCAGUACCUGACCCACCUUCACUCCCUUCCUGACCUACGGAGCACACCUACGUUCCUAGAGUUCUUCUACCUGGGGGAUCUGCGCGCGGGCCAGAUGCUGAUGCGAGUGGGCCGCUACCAGGACGCCCUGGGCUCUCUCCUCAAUGCUCUGCGACUCCAGGAGAAGUUAGGAUGCCAUCAGCUCCUGCAGCACAACCAGCUCCAGCGGGUUCAUUGGUUCUUCACGCUCUCCGCCUUGGUCACCUGCUUUCAAGAACUAGACCAGCUCGGUGAGGCUCAGGAACACUGCGACCGAGCCCUGCAGGACCUAGCGCCUUCCCAGGACGCUUUGCAGCAGCACCAGUUGCACCCUCUGCUCAUCCCGCUCCUCCAAUCCAAUGUCAGGCUGUCCUGGAAGGUCUCGAAGGACAAGAGGCGCUGGGAGGCUCUUCUGCAGGAGAUCCAGGAGCAGGGGAUUGAUAUCGGGAAUCAGCCCAACCUAAAGGAGUGUCUGUUUAAAGAGAGCAUCGAGGACAGCGAGGGGCUGGUCAGGGCUAAGAACAAAAGUGAAGAUGUGCCAUAAGCAUUCAGGGAUUUUUUUUUUUUUUAUAGGAGUAUUAGAGGUUAUGAGGGAUGAUUCUGAUAGCAAUAUGUAUGAUAGCUUACUAAGGAAACCUGUGGAAUUAAUGCUAAUUUGUACAAUUCAUCACUUUUAAAUACACAUAUAUUUCAUGGGCACAUUUCAAUACCAUUUAUUAUAGACAUAUUCUUUAUUUGGCAACUCUUUACUAUAUGAUACAAUUUGUAAACAUUACUUAAAGGAAUAGUUGACCAAAAAUGAAAAUGUGCUUAAGAUUUACUCACCUUCAAGCCAUCAGAGAUGUAGAUGAGUUUGUUUCUUCAUCGGAACAGAUUUGGAGAAAUGUAGCAUUGCAUCACUUGCUCACCAGUGGAUCAUCUGUAGUGAAUGGGUGCCGUCAGAAUGUGAGUCAAAACAGCUGAUAUAAACAUCACAAUGAUCCACAAGGAAUACACAUGACUUAAAUCCAUUAGAAAAUGUUGUGUAAUGUGAAAAGCUGCAUGGUUGUAAGAAACAUAAACAUAAACAUACGUAUAUAAAAAAUAA